GGAACAGACUUGACGAUGUCUUGGCUUCUAGAGGACGAGAGCGCGAUGUCUGAGCCGAUUCUGAUUGAUGAUGAUGAUGCCCUUCGUGCACUGGGAAUGAAGAUGCCUUCUCCAACCAUCACCAUUCGACAAAUCUCCAAUAUUGUGGGACCUGAUACACCUGUUGAAGUUAUCGAUGUGGCUAGUCAAUCUGAGUUAUCUAGAUGGACAUUAGAUCAAUGGGCUACUUAUUACGAAGAUCCUAAACGUGAUAAAGUUAGGAAUGUGAUCAGUUUGGAAGUCACGGAAACUGCAUUAAAUAAUUCUAUAGAGUUACCGCGUAUUGUAAGAGAGAUGGAUUGGGUGGAAACCAUUUGGCCACAAGAUGUGCGAGUCGCAGGUAGUAAAGCAUACCCCAAAGUUCAAAAAUAUUGUCUGAUGAGUGUUGCGAGGUGUUGGACAGAUUGGCACAUAGAUUUUGCAGGUUCCUCGGUAUUCUAUCACGUACUUCGAGGUAGUAAAACAUUUUAUUUCAUCCGACCAACACCUUCAAACCUACAAAAAUACGAAAAAUGGUCAGGAGAUCCAGAUUUACAAGAAUCAACUUGGUUAGGAGAUCAAGUAGAUAUAGUAUAUAAAGUAUCACUUCAAGCUGGUCAUACGAUGAUCAUACCUACAGGUUGGAUUCAUGCAGUUUAUACUCCUAUUGAUUCAUUAGUCUUUGGUGGAAAUUAUCUUCAUAGUUUAAAUAUUCCAAUUCAAUUAAGAGUUCAUGAGAUUGAAAAUAAUACAAAGGUACCUAAAAAGUUUCGAUUUCCGUUUUUUAUUCGUAUGUUAUGGUAUGUUGCAAAUCAU